UCCAAUUUAGCGUCAGUCUUUGUUGAAGUACCAUCGUUCUCUCUUCGCAAAGAGAGAAACUGCUUCAAAUGACUUGUGUCCCUAGGUUGUACAGAAAAACAAACCAAAAGGGGUUUUUAAGCACCCUAACGAGGGGCUUCGACGGCUGGCUGGAGACUGGGCGCCAGGACCGACGCCCACUGGCUGCCGCUGCGGCGAGAGCCCCGGGAUGCGCUGCCGCGGGUCCCGAUGCCGCGCGGCAGGGCCAGAGGCCAGCGUGGCACCGCCGGGCGUCCGGAGCCCAGCCGCCGCGGGACAUGCCGAUCGGAGGGGCCCGGGCCCAGCCGCCUCCACCCCCGCGCCAGGGCCGGCGACUAGCGGGGACUCGCCAGCCCGACUCCAAAGGCGCCAUGAGGGAAGCAGCAGCAGGGGCCGAGGCGAGCCCGCACCGAGGCGUCCUCCGCAGGGGUUGGGACUGCCCUCGGGAUGGGGGAGGGGACCGCCAUCCCGCCAUCACACGCAGGCAGGGUUUCGGUUUAAAAGCCGCCAUCCGCUCUUCACUGCCCUCUCCUGCUGCCAGCGGCGCCCGCGGCCCGCGCGUCGCGCACUCACCCGUCCCCGGGCCCGCCCGGCCAGCCAGACGCAGCUCCGAGGCGGCGGCCGCGGCGCCGGAGCGCGAGCGGAGGGACCGCGCGGCCCUGCCUGCGGGCACACGGCGGCGAGCGGCGCCGCUGCGGCCCUCGCGCUCCCGGGCGCUCCGCCGGGCCGGCCCCGCUCCCUCCCGCGCGCCCCACGCCCUGCCCGCCAGGCCCCAGGCCCCGGCUCGGCGGCUGCACUCACCGGCCCGCUCCGCGCCUGCGCCGCGCACCUCGGGGGCCCGCCGACAGGGCGGGGAGGUGACGAGGACAGCCUCUUCUGCCUCAGAGAGGAAGAGAAAGAUACACAAUGAUGGAGACCCACCAGAUGUGCACAAGAAGCUGCCGUCCAGUGCGGGAGAGGACCGAGCCAUGCUGCUGGGGUUUACAAUGAUGGGCUUCUCAGUCCUCAUGUUCUUCUUGCUUGGGAUAACCAUCCUAAAGCCUUUCAUGCUCAGCACUCAGAGAGAAGAAUCAAACUGCACCAUCAUCCACACGCAUAUCACAGAUGACUGGAUGGACUGUGGAUUCCCCUGCGGUGUGGACUGCCGAGGCCAGGGCAAGUACCCGUGUCUCCAGGUGUUGGUGAACCUCACCCAUUCAGGCCAGAAAGCUCUCCUACAUUAUAACGAAGAGGCUGUCCAGAUAAAUUCCAAGUGCUUUCAUACACCUAAGUGCCACUGGGAGAGGAAUGAUUUGCUCAGCAGGGCUCUGGACAUAAAGGAAUUCUUCGAUCACAAAAAUGGGACCCCCUUUUCGUGCUUCUACAUUCCAGCCAGCCAAUCCAAAGAUGUCAUUCUCAUAAAAAAGUACGACCAAAUGGUUAUCUUCCACUGUUUAUUUUGGCCUUCACUGACUCUACUAGGUGGCGCCCUGAUUGUUGGCAUGGUGAGGUUAACACAGCACCUGUCCCUACUCUGUGAAAAAUACAGCGCUGCGCUCAGAGAUGAGGCAGGUGGCCAAGUACCUCAUAUGGGACAGCAUCCAUUCAAACUGUGGAGUGCGGGGAGGAGCAAGGGAAGGAGCAGAGAAGUCUUAAGAUGGGGACCAAAUUAAAGUCCUGGCCUUCACAUACCUGCAGUUUCUGCACUUGAGCACAUAGUUACAGCUGCUUGCAAACUGACCACGUAGAGGCAAUUAAAGUUAAGUAUGAUAUUUCAUGUGGGAAAGAAAUUUUUAAAAACCCCCUUAUUGUGUAUUCUAUUUAUUCUAUAAAUAAAUACAAAUUCACUGUCUUUUCUACUCCAAAGCUCUUUCUACAGGAACCAAGGAAGCAUUUUUUUUGUUCCUUUGUGGCAAAAUGAACUCAAGAUAGUUGCGCUUUGUCUAAUUUCAGCUCUAGCUAGAACGUGUCACUGUGGAAAUGAACGUUGAGGGUAUCUAACCUAUGGAGCCCUGAACAACUAGCCUAGUUCUAUGCAAUGUAGUUCACAUGAAGGCAUUUCUCCAAAACAUUCUUAGUGAAGAACAGUUCAUUCACCAAAGGAAGAUAAUAAUCUGGUAAUUUCAGAAAUGUGGACCUACCAUUCUCCUUCAUUCAUGAUAAAGGAAGGAAGCCACUGCCUAGAAAAUUCACUAAGCUUAGAGUUAUUUGUACUUAACCUUGUCAUGUACCAGUAAUUUUUCUUUCAGCAACAUUUUUCUAGUUAAUUAUGCUUUCCGUAAGCUCAUUUUAUUCUUUGUGCAUGUUCUGGUGGGAGUGGGAGAGAUGGCUAGAAAUGUGCGAAGUAGGGAGAAGCUGUAGUGGAUGGAAUUUAACCUGCAUCUCAGAUAAUCCACAUCGCAGAGAAGUCCCACAAGGAUCGUCAGCAAUUAUCUGUAAUCAAUGAAUCAGCCAAGGUUAUGAAAUAAUGAACGUCACAAGACUUUUCCAACAAAUGAUUUCCAGAUUAAGCUGAACAUAUGAGGUGAAAACAGAGUUUGUUCUGAAAACCAAUGUGCCUCAAAGUAUGUUUAAAAUUGUACUAAAAAAUCGUACAUCGUGGGCAAUAGACAGACUUUUGAAGCAACUUUUAUAUGUAAUCAAAACAGAAACUUUGAUUCCAAGUCAAUUUAAUGCCUUUAGCAAUUAAUUUUGUCACAAAUUACUUAAACUGAAUAAUUAAACAGAGCGAUAUUGACUCAAGUAGUAAUGAA